AUGGUUAUCAAUCAUUGCUUCAAGAUUGUCAUAUUACCUGUUCUUGCUAUGUUCUUCUCUGUCCUCCCUGUUCUUCAUGGACAUGGAACUCAAAGUGCUGAAAUGCAAGCAUGUGACCUGUGCCCAGAUUGUGAGGAGGACCGCAACCAGGCCGUGAUCGGCGAUAAUGAUGUGAACCAGUGCGUGUAUACAGUGUACAUCAGGACGGGUUCCAUCUGGAAGGGGGGCACGGGCUCGGUGAUCAGCCUCGCCCUCGCCGGAACCAACAGCUCGGGCUUCGCGAUCACGGACAUCAAGUCCUGGGGUGGCAUCAUGGAGGUCGGCCACCACUACUUCGAGAGGGGCAACCUCGACAUUUUCAGCGGCCGGGGACCGUGCCUUGAGACCCCACCGUGCUGGAUGAAUCUGACCUCAGAUGGCACCGGGUCCCACCACGGGUGGUACUGCAACUACGUGGAGGUCACGACCACCGGUCCCCACAUGGGGUGCGCCCAGCAGCUGUUCACCGUCGAGCAGUGGCUCGCCGACGACACCCCGCCCUACCAGCUUUACGCCGCCCGCGACUACUGCUCCCACGCCGAGGAGAAGGCCAAGAUCCGCGAUCGGACGGGCCGGCACGUGAUGCACGAGGCGUGA